CAAUUUAGUUUCUCGUUUGUGAUUGGGAAACCUCGCGAUAUCUUAUACUGUGCGACCGAGCGUAGGAUUCAAUAGGGAUCGUCGCUAUGACCUCCGCGUUGGAAAACUACAUCAACCGUACUGUUGCUGUGAUUACUUCAGAUGGUCGAAUGAUUGUGGGCACUCUCAAGGGCUUUGAUCAGACAAUCAAUUUGAUUUUGGAUGAGAGCCAUGAAAGAGUAUUCAGUUCUUCACAAGGAGUGGAACAAGUAGUAUUAGGAUUAUACAUUGUGAGAGGAGAUAAUGUAGCUGUAAUUGGAGAAAUAGAUGAAGAAACAGAUUCAUCCCUUGACUUGGGAAAUAUUCGAGCAGAACCUUUGAACUCAGUUGUACAUUGAAAGACAGUGUAUUUAUACAAUGGCAUGACUCCUUUUUAAAAUUUGCAUAAUUUGGAUCAUUUAUACUUAUUUUUUACUGUUAUAGCUUUAUGUAAAUUAAAGUAUACAUUUUACUACU